AUGAGGGUUUUUUCAGGUCGUUUUGUGGCUUAUUUCUUGAGCGUUUUUCUUGUGUGUGGUUUGGUUGCGGCUGAAGUAAGUAAGGUUGAAGAGGACAAGCACUUGUUCCCUCGUCCUCAUUUUAUCAAACCUCGUUUUAGGCCGCCUUUGCAAAGGCCUGGUCUAGGGAGGAAGGGCUUUAGGCAUGGAAGUUUCGGUGGUGGUGGUGGACUUGGCGGUGGCGGCGGGUUAGGUGGUGGAGGUGGCUUGGGUGGUGGUGGUGGUUUAGGUGGUGGAGGUGGCUUAGGUGGUGGUGGCGGGUUAGGUGGUGGAGGUGGGCUCGGUGGUGGUGGUGGCUUAGGCGGUGGAGGUGGGCUUGGUGGUGGCGGUGGACUUGGCGGUGGAGGUGGGCUUGGUGGUGGCGGUGGACUUGGCGGUGGAGGUGGGCUUGGUGGUGGUGGUGGGCUUGGUGGUGGUGGUGGACUUGGCGGCGGUGGUGGACUCGGUGGUGGCCACGGUGGUGGGCUUGGUGGUGGAGGUGGACUUGGAGGCGGUGGUGGACUUGGUGGUGGCCACGGUGGUGGGCUUGGUGGUGGACUUGGUGGUGGCCACGGUGGUGGGCUUGGUGGUGGAGGUGGGUUAGGAGGUGGUGGGGGACUUGGUGGUG